CCCACCAUCAGCAGUGGUCACCAGGCUGAACUCUUCUCCAGGGACGCUUUAGGCCUCUGUGCAUUGCCGCCCUCACUGCCGGGAGAUGACACGCUGUUGAGUGAGGACCGCUCGCCCGAUUGCUCCUCCGUACUCGACAGUGACGCGUCAGCGACGGACUGCGGCUCUGGCUCGGUGGGCAGGGCCAGGGGGGACUUACACACAGGGGGCGGGAGGGAGGGCGGGGACGGCUCUAUGUGCAUCUGCUUGUGCUGCUUCAACAAGCUCUUGGCACCAAAUCGCUGCAGACACGUUCACAGGCAAAGAGGGUGGAAGCCGUUCACUGCACAAGUCAAGAUGUUGUGUGUCUCUCACGUCUGGGAAUAUGGCUGCGGCAAAGAAGAGAGCGAGGCCGCUGAACGCCAUUGCCAUGCCCAUCGCCUGCACUCCCGAAGGGAAACCCUUGUAGCUGUUGAGGUUCUCGGAGCAGGAUACCCCGACCAGUACACAAGUGACCAAAGGGCAGAAGAACUUAAUGAGCAGGCUCCACAACGGAGUGAUGCGCCAUCGGGACUUGCCGGCUGCACACACACACCGUGACAUGAGUGGCCAUCCGUAGCAGGCAGACCGAUAUGCUUACGUGCGACAACGUGGUUGAGUUCCUUCCUGAGGGUUUCGAUGUUGCCCAGAUACAGCCACCAAAGCUUCAGCUGUCUCACCACACACACAGCGGACAUCAACACAAGUUUCAAGUCGACGGCAUUCUGCUUACCUUCCAGCCCAUCAUCUCCUUUGUCUCUAUCAACAGGUAGGAUGCCACCAUCGACACGGCCAGCAGCCCCAGCCAGAUGCACACACCGAUGAGCACGGUCACCCCCGGCAAUAUGGCAAGUAGGAUGCACUGCACGAUUGUGGCGACGGCGAUGCUUCCCACGAACCCACACAUCAACACCCAUGGAGCUGACAACACAAACACACACACAAUGCAUGCCUGCCAUCUUCAUCUCGAUCCGCACAUACCUUUCUUGCCGAUGUGCCCUUCCUGCACGUCGAUUCUCGCGGCCCACCCGACGGCCACCGACUCGAGAAGACCCAAUGACAGGGCGAGGACGUUGGCGACGUACCAGUCGCUGGCGUCGAUGAGGUGAUAGCCGAUGUCCGUCGAGUAGACGAGCGACAGGCCGUACCCCACCACACUCAAGAUGCCCACCAUCAACCACCGAGGCACCCGACCGAACCAUGACGUGUCCUACCGCGACAUACAUGAGAGGUGGCCCGAUAGCUGCGUGCGGGUGCGUCUCACACUCCCUCGGUCACUUACCAGCAGAACAGUCGCCGGACAUUCCACGAAGGAGAAGGAUGACGCAACACCCAGGCAAAUGAGAACGGCAAAGAAGAAGACGUUGAACAGCUGGGCCCCCCACCCAGGGAUUUGCGCCAGGCCGAUCGGAUAACUGACGAAUGCCAGGCCCCUCGAUUCCGUCGGCAGCUCAUCCAAUGGGAUGCCCGCCUCGUACGCAAGAUGCCUGAUGAACCGACACACACGGUAAGUAGCUCUCCAGGUUCAUUCGCGUGCAUUACAUACCCGCAUAUUGAGAAGGCGGCGAGUCCAGCGAGGAUCGCGCAUGCAGAGUCGGACAGGGAGACGAUCAGUGCAUCCUGCGCUACAUUCUGACCCUUUCUGCACCCAGGCAAGAAGUGGAUAAGAACAACACCAAAAUCGACGUUCACCAAUCACGCAGCGCUCGACUUGAGUUUCGUCUUGCUCACUUGUUGUACGAGGCAUACGCUGUGAUGUAACCCCAAACGGCACCCACGCUGAAAAAGAUUUGAGCGGUUGCAUCCGACCAGAUCUGGGGCCGAGAUGACAAUAUUGACAAGUCCCAACGACCUGCCACACACGUGAUGAUACGAAGACAACAGACACAUUGACACCUGGUCUUCGUAAGUAGGUACCUAUGUAUUGAUGUACGCCCAUUUCCAUGCCGGGCAGCGACAGUCCCGUGAUGAUGAGGGCGCCCAGCAGCACAAAGGGCAGCACCACUGACGUAGAGGCCACAUAACCCAGGAGGGAUGCCCCUUUGAACAGGGAAAGGUAGCAGAUCACCCACACGACCAACGCAGCCACAGCGAUGUGGGGAACCAGCCAGCCGAUCCCGCCGCUCACAUCACUCUGCUCCAGGACCGUCUCGUACAGAUACGCAUUCGCCUGCACAUCCACAGAGAGAGAGAGAGAGAGAGAAGCAGUGUGAUUAUGUCCACCAAGGUGGACCCGGCUUGUGCGCUGCCUGUGUGUGAAUCGCUGACCUUUCCAAUGAGCGCCUGAGAGCACUCCCCAUCCGCCCACAUGCACUCGGUCCCCAGAGCCGCACACGACGCCGCACUCGCGCCGGCCGUUUUGCAGAGCUGCGCUGUCUUGGCCGUGGCGGCCCAGGGCAGCGGGUUCUGGAAGGACGCGACGAAGUAGAGGCACGCGUAAGCGAGCAGCACGUUGUAGUAGGCCGCCACGAUGAAGCACGCCCACGCUGAGCCGUAGCCAAGGCCAAUGAAGCGCUUGCUGAGCAUGCCGAAGGCGACUGCGUGGCCGCCUUGGUACACUUGGCCUGAGAGAGAGAUGAUCACACGAAAUGAGUGCCGAUCUUUUGGCGUCGCCCACUCACUUCGUCACUCACCCAGGGCCAGCUCAGUGGUCAGCAGGGGGAUGCCAAUCAAGAAAAGAGCACCUGAUCACACACCACCCAACAUUCUCUCGGCAGGAGGUCACCGAUGCAAGGCAUCUGCCUCACUCGCCUACCGAGGUACGGAAUAAAGAAGGCUCCGCCGCCGUAGCUGUAACUCAGAUAAGGAAACCUGACAUUGACAGCAGUUACCGCAACCAGACAGAGUUACGUCACACGCCCUGGGCGUAACAGAUCUGGCAUCGGGUACCUCCAGAUGUUUCCCAGGCCUAUUGCGGCGCCCAUCGCCGUCAGCAGGAAGGCCGCACGACUCGACCAUCUUCCCCUCUCGCCAGCGGCAGCUGUAUCGGCAGCUGCUCCAGCCGGCGACGCGACCGACGCCAUUGCUUGCUGCCCAGCAGAUCCGCCGACACAACAGCUGAUGUAUAUGUCAGGCGCAGUCAACAACCAAGGAAAUCAACCUGAAGCUCGAGCUCGCAUUCCUGGAGCGCUCGGGGAUGGAUGAUGGCAUCGGACUGACACCUGAUUCACUAGCGUGUGAUUCGUUUAUACAAUGAUUGAACACAUAUGUAACGUGUGUGUCUCAGAUGUGUCUCACAGUGGUGAGACUCAUGUAAAGCAGUGACUCAGUCAGCAAAGUGAAGCAAAGUGAAGCAGUGACUCUGCAGGUGUGUCACAUCACGUGUGUCACACUCGUGUCACGUCUCUAGCAUUCGACUCCAUCCAUUGACAGACAAAAUGCGUGGAGGUGUCGGGCGAACAGACAAACCAGUCGGCCAGUCGGCCGCUCGAUAGAAAUCACACACCUCACGUACAUCUUUCGAUCACUGUCAGAUCCUCUUCGGCAUCAUUCACUCAUUUUGUCUCUUCUGUCUCUCUAUCCACCGCAGCCAUGCUCGUUCAUUCAUUCAAGGCGGAAACACCGCACACACAUGACACGAAGAUCAAGAGGAGAGACGGAUACUGAUCUGUACAAGACAGAUACACCCUCAGCAGCACACAGCUUCAACACAUAGUAAGAAUAGUGAUGAUUAUAACAAUUGUUAACUGACAAACACCGCGACAUACGUGCAUGGACAGUCGGGUAUGUGUACAUACAUACAUACGUACAUGCGUACAUGCACACACACAUGCAACGUUUACACACGUCUGUCUACA